AUGACAGACCUCCUGGACCAAGAUGAAGCCGUGAUAAAGCUUCUAGACCUUCUAGACCAAUACGAGAAACUAGCCAACGACCAGUUCCGGGUAAAUUUCAUCACCGGCAUGCAAAACCUCAGCAGAGCCAACUUCAACAGUGAAAACAAGAAGUACGGCACUGAUUCGCUUGAUAGAAGGCCAUACGAAGCGUGUAAGGUCGUAGAGGGCCUGGCAGUGUUUGUGCUUAAGGAUAAGCUAAAGGAGGCCAAAAAGGAUGCCAUAGAAGAGAAGGAGCUGGAGAAGCCUGAAGAGUCUACACUCAGACUGAGAGGCAACAAGACCAAGCCAGAGAAGGUUUCGACGACAGAAACAGUUAAAGAACCUUCGAAACUGCUACGUGACCCGAUUUACCAGUUUGGCGUUCUUGUGCCUUACCAAUUGCGUAAUGCCCAGGCAUCAUUUAAUGAGUCUUUGGCUGAUAUAAUCAGUAUGGUCAACCUUCGACAGCAGAUAACCGACUUGGUGGCUCAAAUCGAGAAAGCCGAAAACACCCCUUAA